GUUAACCAUCUACAACCGCCUGAUAUCAAUCUCCCACUCGAGCCUAGUCCUCCUCCUCCGUCGUGGAAUGAUACGUGUGCCAUGCUAGAUGUAGGCCUUGGUCCCCAACAUUAUGAGGUUGAGACAAAUAUUAGUGUCACAAAAGUUGGGAAGAAGUGCGCAAAGCGGCUUGAUAGUAUUUGGGGCGCUUGGUUUUUCUUCACUUUUUACUUUAAGCCAGCUCUGAAUGAGAAGUCGAAGGGUAAGAUUAUUCGCGAGAGUAACGGGGCAUCUCGGUAUGAUAAAUCAGACUUGAGGCAGGAUGUUUUCCUUGUUCAGCAUGAUAUGGAGAAUAUGUACAUGUGGGUUUUCAAGGACAGGCCUGAAAAUGCACUUGGCAAGAUGCAAUUGAGGAGUUACAUGAACGGGCAUUCGCGUCAGGGCGAGAGCCCCUUUCCUUUCACUGCCGAUAAAGGUUUUGUUAGAUCUCACAAAAUGCAAAGGAAACAUUACCGGGGUCUUUCCAACCCUCAGUGCCUUCACGGAAUUGAAGUUGUUAAGUCGCCCAAUCUUACAGGUCUCGAUAAAGAGGAGCAAAAGAAGUGGAUGGAGCUUACUGGCCGAGACAUGAACUUUUCAAUUCCUUCUGAAGCCAGUGACUUUGAGUCGUGGAGAUGCCUUCCAAAUACAGAAUUUGAGCUUGAGCGGCAUCCUCCUGCAUUGAAGAGCAACUCAAUUCCCCGUCCAGAAAGAUUAUUAAAUGGCUCCGGCCUGAACCUAUCUACUCGAUCUUCAAACCAUGUAAAUGGAGAAGGAUUAAACAUUUUGUCUGUCUGCAAUAAGAGGAAGAAAAAUGGAUUUUCCGGUGGAAACAAUGAUGAUUGCUGUUUGCCUAAUAGUCAACAUCCAGUUAGCCCACCCUGGCUAGGAGCAUUUUCCGGUGCAAUGCAAAUGGCAUCAGGUCCAGUUACAGCUGCAAAAACUAUUUAUGAAGAUGACACGGCGUUCUUGAUACUCGUUAGCAUGCCUUUUGUCGAUCUAAAAAGUGUCAAAGUUACUUGGAGAAACACCAUCUCUCAUGGUAUUGUGAAGAUAUCUUGUAUCAGCACGGGAUGUAUACCUUUCAUUAAAAGGCAAAAUCGGACUUUCAAGCUAGCAGAUCCAGCUCCCGAGCACUGCCCUUCGGGGGAAUUUGUCAGAGAAAUCCCUCUUAGGACUCGCAUUCCAGAAGAUGCUAAACUAGAAGCAUAUGGAGAUGAGACGGGGACUAUGCUUGAAAUUCUCGUGCCAAAGCAGCGUGUAGGACCAGAAGAGCACGAGGUUCUAGUGUGCCUUCGCCCCUCUCCUUGGACUACACAUGCGUAUGUUGAUUUGACAGAAGCAAUGGCUUGAAAUUUGUGGAUUGCUCUCUUUAGGUAGUAGUCAUUAUUUACUGACCUCAAUGAAAAUGAUAUUUAUAAUUUCUUCUAAUUCUUCAGGAAAGAUUCUUUUGUUUCCUGUCAUUAGCCAAUGUGGGACACAAGAUGCUGAUUUUUGCAUGCCCUCAAUGUCCACACCAUUUUGUUCCUGCUAGUUUUGAUAUUUUAUUGGUAUUAGCAAUUUCAUACUGUUUCAUUGUCUUUCUCAAUUCGUCAGUCUUGUGUUCUGUUUGAAAUU